AUGGAGGCAAAAGCCCAUUCAAAAGAGAGCUAUACUAAGCCUGGGCAAAUUUCAUGGAUGGAGCAGGACCUUGCCGAUUGCUCUCGCGACUUUCGGCCACUAUCGCAAGAACAAGAUGCGGGGAGGAUUCUCGAUAGGUUACCCCAAGCGAAAGAGGGAAAGGCCCUUCACGUGGGAGUGAUUGGAGCGGGGUUUGCUGGAUUGAGGUGUGCUGAGAUCUUGCUUGAUAAUGGUGUCCAAGUUACGGUUUUGGAAGCUCGGAAUCGGCUUGGUGGUCGUGUUCACCAAGUAGAUUUGCUUGGCCAUGCUGUUGAUAUGGGACCAAACUGGAUACACGGAACCCUCAACAACCCAAUCUUAAAUCUGGCAAAGCAAACGGAAACAGCCCUGUCCGCAGUCGAAGACUCGGCGUGCAUCUUCGAUCAAAACGGGGAAGUUAUUAGCAACGACAAAGCCACGGAGCUCCUAGAUCUAGUCUGGGAGAUCAUCAGAGAUGCCUUCAAGUAUAGCAACGAGGAUUGCGCGAAUAUAUCACCGGAGAGAAGUUUGAAAGAUUUCUUCACGGAUCAAGUCAGCGAGAAAGGGUUAUCUGAAGAGGAUCAGAUGUUACUUUUACAGAUGGCGGAGAUCCACGCAAAAAUCCUAUACAAAGUAGCCGACGCGGCUCUUAAACACGCACAAAUCCUCUUUCGCACCAAAGUCGUCAACAUCGAGAACACGGAAACUCGAGCAGAAGACGAUCGAAAAGUCCGCGUAACAUCAUCCGAGAAUCAAACCUGGGAGUUCGACGAUGUAGUCGUUACAAUACCCCUGGGAGCGUUGAAAUGUGGAACUCCAAAGUUCAAUCCACCACUUUCUCCAGCAAUCACCAGUGCCAUCCAAAAUACAUCAUACAGCCGACUGGAGAAAGUAUACAUUACUUUUCCAAACGCAUUCUGGGAACCCCUAGAUUCAGACACACCAAACACAUCACAAUCCACAACAUCCCCCUUCCAAUCCUUCGCCAACUUCCUAAACCCAACCUAUUCACCCACGUCAAACCCCUCAUCCUGGAGUCUGGAGGUAAACUCGCUCUCCAACCCCUCCACAUUCGGCUCUCACGCCCAACCAACCCUCCUAUUCGGAAUCUACGGACCCUGUGCUACACACAUAACAGCCCUCAUAAAGGGUCUAUCACCGUCCUCAGCCGAAUACUUCAGCGUGAUCGAUGACUUUUUCCGACCCUACUACGCCCUCUUACCAAAAUACGACGCGACAAAGCCGGAAUGUCGACCACUCGCUGUUCUUGCGACGAAUUGGCAGAAUGAUGAGUUUGCUGGGUUUGGAUCUUAUAUGAAUUUUAAGAAUAGUCUGGAGCCUAACGAUGGAGAGGGGACGGAGUCGAGGCUGGAUGAUGAUAUUAGAGCUUUGAGGAAGGGUAUGCCCGAGAGGGGGAUUUGGUUGGCUGGUGAUCAUACGGCGCCGUUUGUUGCGUUGGGCACUUUGACGGGGGCUUAUUGGAGUGGGGAGUUGGUGGGGAUGAGGAUUUUGAAGGAGUAUGGGAUGAGUUUGAGUAAAGGGGGAAAUAGUAAAGAGGCUGGAGACGCUUAG